AUGAUUCAUAUCUAUUCACAAUUUAUGUUGAAUGAUUAUGUUGUUCUUAUAAUCAACCAAAUUAAAAUUGAUACACAAAAAUAUGAAUUAUAUCAAUUUAAUAAUAAAUUUGUUAUUCUACGAACAAAUAUUAUUAACAAUGAAUAUUACAUUGAUGUUGAUGUUAAUCCUGAAUUUAUUCCUUAUAUCCAACUUUAUCUAAAUUUUUUUCAUAUCAAAAAUGUCAUGAGAAAGUGUAAAACUAAAUUCACACAAAUUCUAUUAAACAGUGAACAAAAAGAAUUAGAAAUUAUUCUUAGAGGGAAUUUGAUUAGCAAACAAUUUCCACAAAUAAAAGUUGAUGAUUUUUUAUAUGAAUUUAAUCAACAAAUCAAAAUGAUAUUAAAUGAACAUUUCAAUACAUCACAUGAGAAUAUCAUUGAUAACUUCAUUAAUAAUACUAGAAUUAAUUUAGAUGAGUUAAUUGAAAAUACAGAAUUUUCAGAAAAGAGAGUGAAAUAA